UCAAAUCAGCUGAUCCCGGCUUUCUGCUAUCAAGCAACAACAAUAAACGUCAAAAUUCAUAUUGAUAAUACUCUGAAGCGUGCAGAAAAAUUACACUAGUGCAAAAAAAACUGUCUCAACUACAGUUCAAAAUUGUUUUCCGACGAGUACUACUAAAUUAAAGCUUUACAUAACAAAAUGGCUUGGCCUGCACUUGCAAUGAUGGUCUUACGCAGAUAUACACCAUUUAUAACACUACCAUUUGCAGCUGUAAUUGGAUUUAUCGGUUAUCAUGCUGAAGGAUGGAUAUCUGAUCGACACACUCCAUCAACUGCUCCAAUAAAUCAACAGCGUCAAGAUAGACUCUUACAAGAAUCUAUGGACUCGAAUACGACAAAAGCUAAGCACAAUCCCUUGGAGGUAAAUUUAUCUCCAUCACUGUCUCCAUCAUCAUAGAAGUAAUUUGAAAGCUUUGUAAAUAUGUAAUAUUUGUGAUUUUAUGAACUUAAUAAAAUGAAUAUUGUUAAUUUA